AUGGCCGGGCUCCUGCCGCUGCUGCCGCUGCUGCUGCUGCUGCUGCGGGCGGGCCCCGGUGCCGGCGCCUCCAAGGACGAUUGUGCCUCCAGGCUGUUCACGCUGGGCGGGGAGUGCUGCCGCCUCUGCAACGUGGGCGAGGGCGUGGUGCAGCCCUGCGGGGUCAACCAGACGGUGUGCGAGCCCUGCCUGGACAGCGUCACCUUCUCGGACACGGCCAGCGCCACGGAGCCGUGCAAGCCGUGCACGCAGUGCGAGGGGCUGCAGAGCAUGUCGGCGCCCUGCGUGGAGACCGACGACGCCGUGUGCCGCUGCGCCUACGGCUACUUCCAGGACGAGAGCAGCGGCGGCUGCCGCGAGUGCCGCGUCUGCGAGGUCGGCUUCGGGCUCAUGUUCCCCUGCAAGGACUCGCAGGACACCGUGUGCGAGGAGUGCCCCGAGGGCACCUUCUCCAGCGAGGCCAACUUCGUGGACCCCUGCCUGCCCUGCACCACCUGCGAGGACAACGAGGUGCUGGUGCGCGAGUGCACGGCCGUGGCGGACGCCGAGUGCCGGGGGCUCCACCCUCGCUGGACCACGCCGGCCCCGUCCCUGGGGGGCUCUGAGAGCCCCGAGGCCACCAGGGAGCCGCCGAGCACCGAGGGCGGGCCCAGCACCGCGGCCGACACGGCCACCACCGUCAUGGGCAGCUCGCAGCCCGUGCUCACCCACGGCACCAGCGACAACCUCAUCCCCGUCUACUGCUCCAUCCUGGCCGCCGUGGUGGUGGGGCUGGUGGCCUACAUCGCCUUCAAGAGGUGGAACAGCUGCAAGCAGAACAAGCAAGGCGCCAACAACCGCCCGGUGAACCAGACGCCGUCCCCCGAGGGCGAGAAGCUGCACAGCGACAGCGGCAUCUCCGUGGACAGCCAGAGCCUGCACGAGCAGCAGCCGCCGGGGCAGGGCACCCAGGGGCCAGCUCCCAAGGCGGACGGCAGCCCGUACUCAGCGCUGCCGGCCAGCAAGCAGGAGGAGGUGGAGAAGCUGCUGGGCAGCUCGGCCGAGGACACGUGGCGGCAGCUGGCGGGGGAGCUGGGCUACAAGGAGGAGCUGAUCGAGUCCUUCACGCGCGAGGAGGCCCCGGCGCGGGCGCUGCUGGCGCACUGGGCCGGCCGCGAGUCGGCCACGCUGGACGCGCUCCUGGCCGCCCUGCGCCGCCUGCAGCGCGGCGACAUCGCCGACAGCCUGGCCAGCGACUCCACCGCCACCUCCCCGGUGUGA